UCCACUAGGAUCACGGUAAGGAAAUGCCCCCCACUGACUGAGACCUGUCUAUAAAUAAAUACCCAGCGGCGCGAAGAGCUACAGUGACAGCGGACGACGGCGGCGGCGGGUUCUGCUAUCUGCGGCGUCUUCUCUUCUGAUCUCAGAUCUGCAUGGUGGCGAUGUCAAUGGCGAAUCUGCCGGAGUGAAACGAAGCAAACCAGAGCUCGCGCGGUGGACACAUUGCGUAUAUGGCUUCUCCUUCGGAUAACAAGAACCUGGCGACUGAGGACGCCGAGGUCACGUCGGAGCACCGGAAUCCUGGCCCGGUCCAUCGCCAGCUCCUCCCUCAGGAGGAAGGGAAGCAGUCGGUGGCGGCACGGGAGCUAGACCUCGAGUUCCCUCUGAUGCGGCAGACCUCCAUCUACUCGCUCACCCUCGACGAGAUUCAGAACGCUGUGUGCGAGCCCGGAAAGACUUUCGGCUCCAUGAACAUGGACGAGUUCCUCACAAACAUCUGGAACGUAGAGGAGGUUCAGGCGUCGGCGGCGGCGGCGGACGCCGCCGACAACCAUCUCCAAUACGGUAACGGAGGUGGACCGGGGGUGGCGCAGCCGCUUCGCAGGCAGGGGUCGCUCACGUUGCCCACGCCGCUGUCGAGGAAGACGGUGGACGAGGUGUGGACGGAGAUCCACCGGGACGCGGCGUUCCGUGCGCAACAAGAGCAGGCCGUUCACCGGGACGGUAGCGCCGGGAACGCGCAUCGUCAACCCACCUUCGGGGAGAUGACUCUCGAGGAUUUCCUCAUAAAAGCAGGCGUGGUCCGCGAGGGGUACGGUCCACCGGAGGCGCCAUCACCUCACCCGCAGCCGGUAGCGGCGGCGCAGCAGUAUGGAAUGGCUGGGUACGGGCACGUGGUGAGCAUGUCGGGAUACGCCAACCAGCAGGCCGGUUUGACGGCAUCCUCGGCGAUGGUAGGCAACGGGGGGUACCCGUUGGGGAACGGGUUCGGAGGAAGGAUGGGCAAUGGAUACGGUUCGACCAGGGCAGGAUCACCGGCGAGCCCGCUGUCGUCGGAGGGAAUAGCGGGCCAGGUGGAGAAUACAGUGGGAGGAUACGCAGGCGAAGGGUCCUGGAACGGCUUCGGAGGCAGCGGGAGGAAACGGCCAGCCGACAGGGCGGGCGCAGACAAGGUGGUCGAGCGGCGACAGAGAAGAAUGAUCAAGAAUCGAGAAUCCGCUGCGAGAUCCCGUGCCAGGAAACAGGCAUACACAGUGGAGCUGGAGGCGGAGCUCAACCAGCUGAAAGAAGAGAAUUCCAGACUCAGAGAAGAGCAGACGAGAGUAACAACGUUAAGGAAACAACUGUUGAUGGAGGCGAUGGCGGAACAGGCACGCGUAAAUGCGCACAGGGCCACGAGCAAUCUGCGACGCUGCAAUAGCAGCACUUGGUGAAGGCCGAGUUGAUUCUCCUCCUCGUUCAUCCUGCUCUGCCUAUUCUCGUGGAGUGCAAUGGCCCCAGCUCAACGUCUUAAUUCUGUAGGCUCGUGUACUUACUGUAUAUGCACCCAUAAAGUUCCAUGUAUUAAUCUAAGUUUGUUUACGCCGUUUUGACGAGUUUA